CGCUCGGCCGCAGCCAUAGUGCCAGCGCGCAUCUUGUCCAUAUCCCAAGCCCUGACACGCCAUCCUGCCGCGCCACUAUUUACCAUCCUGUGUCCGCCUCGUCGCACUGCGUAGUCCAUCCACUUCUCGCGGUUCCGUCCUCUUCCGGCAACAAUGGCGAAUCCCGGCGCCGGAGCGGCCGCGUCUCGCAUGGCGCUGCUAGCGCUGCUGCUCGUCGCCGUCUUCGCGGGGUCCUCCCUCGCGCAGGCUCCAGGCAACCGCACCGUGGCUGCUGCGGCGGCGGCGCGGACGUGCAAGUACACGGUGAAGGUGAAGACGAGCUGCGCGUCGCCGCCGCGGACGUCGGACGCGGUGAGCGUGGCGUUCGGGGACGCGUACCGCAACGAGGCCUACGGCGCGCGGCUGCCGGGCGGCGGGCGGGCCUUCGAGCGCUGCGGCGCCGACACGUUCCACGUCACCGGCGCCUGCGGGUACGGCGUCUGCUACCUCUACCUCCGCCGCGCCGGGCGCGACGGCUGGGCGCCCGAGUGGGUCCAGGUCGCCGAGCCGGCGGGACCUGGGGCCGGGGAGAGGCCCGCCACGUUUCGCUUCGGCGAGCCGCUGCCGGACAAUGUGUGGUACGGCCACAACCGCUGCCCCAAGGCCGCGCGCACGGCGGCGGCGAGGACGAACACCUCCUCUGUUGAUGCGGCUUCUUCGCCUCUAGGCUAGGCGGGCUGAUUCCGCUGGCCUCACCAGUCACCAGUCACCACUCACCAGGCACAUCCUGACAUCCGUAGUCACCUUCCUGUAUGUAAUUGGCAUCCACCGAGAAUAAUAAUAAGCAGAUUUCAUGUCUCCA